AUGUCGAACGGAUUGACUGAGGAGCAGCGAAUGGAGCUGAGGACUGGCUGCCAUGCCACCAUUGAGGGACUGGGUACAGCUUACGGCUAUGUACCGUCGCUGCCAGCAGGCAUUGUCUUUUUGGUACUGUUCGGUAUCUCGAUGCUCGCCCACACGGUUCAAUUUAUUUGGAAGAGGAACUGGUGGUGCGUUGUGUUCACUAUUGGGUGUUUGACGGAGAUUAUUGGCUGGGCCGGACGUACAUGGUCUGCAGAAUGUCCCUAUAACUCGAAUGCUUUCCUGAUGCAGAUCUCAACAUUGAUCAUCGCCCCGACUUUCUUUACCGCCGGUAUCUACGUCCUUCUUGGCCGCUUCAUCCAAAUAUUAGGUCGCGAAUCCUCCAUCCUCAGCCCUAACCUCUACCUCUGGAUCUUCUGCACCUGCGAUGUUGUCUCCCUCGUCAUCCAAGCCAUCGGCGGUGGUAUCGCCUCCUCCGAGUCCGACAAAAUCGACGGCGACACCGCACCCGGCACGCACAUCAUGGUUGCCGGCAUCGUCUUCCAAAUGUUCUCCAUCACCAUCUUCGUCGUCUGCGCCGCCGACUUCGUCCGCCGCUGUAUCAAGCAUCGAUUGCUCCGCCAUACCACCGGUGCCAUCUACCCCCUGUUCGGAGCCAUGGUGUUCUCCGUCAUCUGCAUCUACAUUCGGAGUAUCUACCGAACCAUCGAGCUAUCCGAGGGCUGGGACGGAUACCUGAUCACGACGGAACGGUACUUCAUUGCGCUCGACGGCGCCAUGAUGGUUCUUGCCGUGGCUGUCUUCAACAUCUUCCAUCCCGGCUGGUUGAUGCCGCGCAACAAGUCGAUGGAGUUCCAGAGCGAGUUGACAUCCCACGAUGGAUAUGAUGUGGAACUUCGCUAA